GAUAAAUAACUUUUUUGUAUUAACAGCUGUGUAUUUGUCAUCUUGAAGUUUUAUUUUUUAACUACAAACAAAAAUGGAUAUUUCUAAGGUAUCGAACGAACAAAAGUUAAAGUUAUGCCGAACAUACUUCUUGGCUGGUUGGGCUUUUCUACCAUUUGUGUGGACCAUCAAUGUUUUCUGGUUUUUCAAUGAUGCAUUCCGAGUACCUCCUUUUCCCGAGCAAGCAAAAAUCAAAAGAUUUGUAAUACUAUCGCUCAUAGGCGCAGUGAUUUGGGCAGCAAUACUUAGCACUUGGGUGAUUAUAUUCCAAACGAAACGCGCUGAAUGGGGAGCUAUGGCUGACUAUAUGAGCUUUAUCAUUCCUAUAGGAAAAGCCUAAACAUAAGUUUAUUAUUUCUUUGCUAUAGCAUUAAAAAAUUUGGUACAACA